CAUCUUUGGCUUGUCAGAUGGACAUUAAGCGACACUGAGUGUUAACUGCGAGAUCUCUAUAAGCACAGCGGCUGCUGGGAUGUUGCGACAGAACGGUGGAAGUAACAAGCGUGGUUUGGGAUUAGCCCGACUGUCUACCUCCAACUUCUUCACCAUCUCUAAUUCAGGAAAUUGGGGAAUGGGGCGCAGCACCAAGAGCAGCUCUCUGAGCAGCAUUAGCUCCAACUCUGACUGCUAUGAUAAUCCUGUUGUGGAUCCAGAAUAUAUCAUGCAACUGGUGAAUGAUGUCAGAAAAUUUGCAGAUGUGCUACUCUAUUUGAAGGAAGCUAUUCUUUCAGAAGAAAAUCAAGAUGGCCUGCAUCAGGUAGUACAUGAACGCCUGGGGGAGUUGUUACGUGUUUUAAAAGCAGUGAUAAAUAAACACCAGACUCUAAACUCAGUUGACAUUCUUAGUGCUGCAGGAACAGUUAUUGCAAAAGUAAAAGCGGUGAACUUCAAAGAAGUUAACGAAGAAAACAAGAGAGAGCUCUUCAGUGAAAUAUUUUCUUCUAUUGAAACAUUGGCAUUCACCUUUGGAAACGUUGUUUCAGACUUCCUUAUGGGAGAUGUAGACAAUGGUUCGUCAUUGGGACUUCCUGUAUCUCGGAGAAGUCGGUCUUUUGAGAAUCUUUCUGUGGAGUCUGGGGGUUCACUGCAUGAAAGGGAUGAUAUUCAAGGACAUCUUCGAGCAGAGGAGGUUGAUAGCAUGCUCCUGAGAAAUGACAGUGGAAUUGAAUCAGCUCUGUCCUAUGCUAAAGCAUGGUCAAAAUAUACCAAGGAUGUAGUUGCAUGGGUAGAAAAAAAGCUUAGCUUGGAAGUGGAGUGUGCUAAAAACUUAGCAAAAAUGGCUGAAACUGCUAAAGCUGUUGUUGGACACCAGGAUUAUAUGCCAUUCCAAUCAAUAUUCAUAAAUGCUUUUCAAAAUGAUAUUGAGAACAAUCAACUUUGGCAACAGACAGCUGCUGCUCUCCAGUCUAACAAAUUUGUGCAGCCUCUUCUUGGAAGGAAAAAUGAGUUGGAUAGACAAAGGAAAGAUAUCAAGGACCUUUGGCAGCGAGAACAGAAAAAAAUGCAAGAGCUGGAAGCUGCUCUAAGAAAAGCAAAAUUGCUAUAUACACAGCGUCAAGAUGAGUAUGAAAAGGCAAAAUCCUGCACUGCUCGUGCUGAGGAGGAACAUCUUAGUUCAAGUGGAAGCUUUGUGAAAGAUUUCAGUAAGCAACUGGAAAAAAAACGAAGGCUAGAAGAAGAAGCUCUUCAAAAAGCUGAAGAAGCCAAUGAACACUAUAAAGCGAGCAUGGCAGAGGUUGAAGAAAAAAGAAAUGAUUUGGAAAGCUUUAAAAGUGAUGUCUUAACACAGCUUCGGGAACUUAUUUACCAGUGUGAUCUGACUCUUAAAGCUGCAACAGUUAACCUGUUCCAGCUGCAGCACACUCAGGUUGUAUCUCUUCCUGUUAACUGCCAGUCCCUCUGUGAGAGUGCCAAACUCUAUGAUCCUGGUCAGCAGUAUUCAGAGUUUGUGAAAAGCUUGCCAAAGGAAGGUGUUCCUAUUGAAUCAGGUUCUUUUGAAACCCAGAGUUCCCAGGUUGAUGGGGUUUUUAAUAAGCAAUCUACCAACAGUGUCCAUAUGUCACAUGGUAACUUAUCUCAGUGUUCAGGAGAUUUUCCUGCUCAGACAUUAGAUGAUGUGGGAAGCCCAAUUUAUCAUCGUUCGCAAAAGAUUGGAGAGACAAGAUCUUCCAGCAGUACAGAUAUUCAAGCAAUGAGAGGGCCACCACCAUUCAGAUCAUGGUCAGUUGGCAACCAGAGUGGAGGAAUGUGCAGUGAUUCUGAAAGUGCAGGGGGAAGCAGUGAGUCACGAUCCAUGGAUUCUCCAUCUGCUAGCCCAGGGGAUUUUAAAAGACGACUUCCCCGAACACCUUCCACUGGUACUAUGUCAUCUGCAGAUGAUCUUGAUGAAAGGGAGCCACCAUCUCCUUCAGACUGUGGGAAAUUCUCUGCAGGUGUAAAUGAUCUGACAUCUGAAACUGCAAAUUCUCCAGGACCUUUUAGAAACACUAAUAUGUCCAAAGCAGCACAAACACACAAACUACGGAAGCUGAGAGCUCCAUCUAAAUGCAGAGAAUGUGACAGCUUAGUGGUAUUUCAUGGAGCUGAAUGUGAGGAGUGUUCACUUGCAUGCCAUAAAAAAUGUUUAGAGACUUUAGCUAUUCAAUGUGGGCACAAAAAACUUCAUGGAAGGCUUCACUUGUUUGGAGUGGAAUUUGCCCAAGCUGCUAAAAAUGUUCCCGAUGGCAUUCCUUUCAUCAUCAAAAAGUGUACGUCAGAAAUUGAAAGUAGAGCGCUGAAUGUCAAGGGCAUCUAUCGUGUGAAUGGAGCCAAAUCAAGAGUUGAAAAGCUUUGUCAAGCUUUUGAAAACGGAAAGGAUUUGGUCGAGCUCUCAGAACUCUAUGCACAUGAUAUCAGCAAUGUUCUCAAGUUGUAUCUCCGCCAGCUUCCAGAACCCUUGAUUUUGUUUCGGCUUUACAAUGAGUUCAUUGGACUUGCGAAAGAAAGCCAGAAUGUUAAUGAGGAAUUGGAUGCUAAACAAACUUGCCCCAAAUCAAAGAAAAGACAGUCAAUCUGUAUUGAACUGAAUAGGAUCAUUAUUAAAAUUAAAGAUCUUCUGAAACAACUGCCUGUACCAAACUAUAACACUCUUCAGUACCUUAUUGGACACCUCCACAGGGUUACAGAACAGUCUGAUGAAAAUAAAAUGUCAGCCAGCAACCUUGGCAUAAUAUUUGGUCCAACUCUGAUCAGGCCACGUCAAACAGAUGCUACAGUUUCUCUGUCAUCACUUGUGGAUUACCCGUAUCAGGCUCGGGUAGUGGAGCUGCUCAUAACAUACUAUGAAAAGAUAUUUGAUGUUUCAUUGAAACCACUUCUGAGCACAUUGCAGUCUGAAGAAACUGCCAUUACAGUCAGAGUUGCUUUAUCAGCGGAAGAGAGGGAGCCCCAGCAGCAGAGGAAGUCAUUUAUUGCUGUAAAGGAAGGUAUUCUAAUAGCUCCAAGUGAAAGCAGAGCUUCAGAAACAGCUGCACUGUUUUUGGAAUCAAACAAUAGCAAGAAUACAAAAGAACAAGUAGAUACAUCUGUAACUGAAUGUGUAUCACUGGCACUCACUGGAACUAAACCAGAAGGCUCUGGGAAGAGUAAUUCUCUGACAGAAUCAUCAGCUACCAGCAUCGUGGAUAAUAAUAUUGCUCAAAAAAAGCCAGGUGAUGCUGCACGUCCAGCUUCAGAGAGGGAUGGUGAUUCAUUUGUUUCUCUAAGUGAAGACAGCUGUAAAAUUAACUUACUUCCUGCAAAACCUAACCGUCAUAUUACCAAAGUUCCAUUGCGGGUUCCAAGGACAAAACCAGCUACUCGCCCUGUGAGCCUGCCUGUAGACCGAAUACUUCCUCCAUGUGUUUUGAAUGAAAGAAAUUCACGAAAUACAGGAGCAGUAAGUCCAGAGAAGCUUGGCAGAAGCCCUACUAUUGAAGAAGUUUCAGAGGUGAAGGCAUUCCCUGCUGUUAAUACCUGCUGCAGACUUCCUUGUUACGACACCCAGACACUGCGAAAAACUUGGGACAAGCAAUAUAAACAAUACGAUAUCACAGCAAGGACGGCUAUGAUUAUGACUAAUGUACCCCAGGAGAACCGAGCACUUGAGAGUGGAACUGCAGGUGCCCUAUCUCCAUCAUGCAGCAUUGGUAACAAUUCAGCUAAUGCUGUGCUUCCUAGUAAGCCAUAUUCUGUUUCUGUCAGGUCAGGAAGGACAGCAACAGAAGGGAAUGGUCCCGAUGCCUCCAGGGCACCAAGAACAUUGCAGCCACCCCCAGGGACAUUUUAUGAACCACCCUCUAACAAGUCAAAACAAAAUGAAGAGGGUUCUUUUGCUAAAGCUUGUGCAGCAACCAGUGCUAGCUCUGUGCUUCACCAGGAUAAUACUGUGAAACUGGCUAGGAGUUCUGCGCUUCCAUUAGGUGAUCCUGAACAAAACACACAUGAACAAAAAAUUAGCUCAGAGGAUAUUCACCCCACAGAUCUGAAGCCUACUUACCAGAGACUGAGACCAAAAAGGAUCCAAGAACUGGAACACAGGGAAGCUCAUUUUGUAUAGGGUGCAAAUUCUUGGACUGCAUGCAAUUUAUUGAUGGUGCCAGUGGAGGCUUCCCUUUGCCCCUUUAUCCUCUGCCUUCCCUUGAGAAUCCCACUUCUGUGCCAUAUUGGAGUUAUUUUUAUAUAUGCAGCAUUUUAAAAGGGGG